AUGAAAUUGAAAAAUGAGCCUGGCAAACGAGAGCACCGAGUCUCCAAGGAAGAGACAAAAAACGCUAUCGUGUCAAAGAUGUCGUUCUCGAAAACAAAGGAAUGUAUAUCCAGUGAGCCUGUGUCUCGAAAAUCUCGAAUCAGUACCGAAUCCCUCGAGGAAAAGAUCGCCGAGCUUGAGGCUCAAUUACCACGGACCCACCAGGCCGAGGCCUUUCACUCACGCCGGCAGGUUGUGUUCCAGCCUUCUACAGGCGAUAGUCCAGCCUUAUCCACUGAGGCGGUUAGGUGUGAUGAGCGUGCCAUAUCCGAGCCAGAAGGGAAUUGUGUGCCAUUACUUGGAUCCCAGAGAGACUCUUCGGAUAAUCUCGGGUCAACAGAGGGACUCUGUGAGACUGAAACAGAGCGAGCUCAGCAACUUUGUGUUCCUGUUUGCACAUCCAUAUCUAAUAUCUCAGUUUCUUCUCCACUGCAUUCCACCGGCCUCAUUGGAUCACCAAUUUUCGGCGAUAAAUGCGGGCACACAAGUCUCCUCACUAGUAUACUAGCGACUCUUGCCAGGGGAAGUCCAUGUGGGAUCUCUGCUCAUGGAGAUCGUGCCUUACGGAAUGUUUAUCUGUCUCCACACAUUACAACCCAGCUGCUAAACCCAGAUCAUUCCAUCCGACUUCCUUCCGAGGUCGAAGAUGCGCUUGUCAAGAUAUAUCUGGAAAGAGUCAAUCCUCGAUAUCCCUUCCUUCAUGUGAGCACUUUUCUGGAAUGGUACGAGACUUGGAAAGCUCGUCCGAUGGAACGCCUUGCAGGGGAACAAAAUGAAAGAUGGAAAGACUUUUUUGUUAAAAUGGUCCAAGCAGUCAGCAUCCUCCUAACUCCCCAAGUAUCUCAGAAUGAUAUCGCCACCUCGCAGGUUCUUUACAAUACUGCCAUGAAAUAUCUAUCUUUUGUUUUCACUCAUCCGGAUCCCGUUCUCCACGUUCAAGCGCACCUUCUCCUGACAUUACAUGCCCUUCAUUCUCCGUCUUCUCAAAUGAUCAUUACCAUGGUAGCGGCGACUAUGCGGCAGUGCGUUAUUAGCAGUCUACAUUUAUCGGAAUAUGAGCCGAAGGCUUUGUUUCCAGAGUUCUCGCAAGAAGUGCAAAUUCGUCGCAGAGUGUUUUGGUCCGCUUACGCAAUAGACCGACUUAUCAGUUGGAUCUACCACAUCCCUAACAAUUUGACUGAUGAGCACAUCACUGUGGAGCUUUUCUCAAAUGUAGAUGAUGCAAGUCUCGCCCAAGACACUGCCAACUUGGCAGAACCACCCACUCGGGAUUUGCUUCAAAGAACUCGUAUAUCGCCAGCCUUGCACCUCAUACGUUGCAGAUGCAUUCAGUCUCGAAUAAUAAACACCAUUCUACGGUCAGAUUUUCACCAAAUCAAUUCAUCUUCCGCAUGGAGAGAGCACAUGUUAGAAGAAUUGGAGACGUGGAGAACUCAGGUUCAACGAUUGAGUCACAGAGCUAAUCGAGGGUACUUGAGCGACCGGUGGGUUGGUAUGGCUUACAACUACACGAUCGCAUUGCUACACCAACCUACCAAAGAUAAUGUCUGCAAUGGCUUUGGCGACCGGUCGGUUUCAGCUUCCGUUAAACUUGCAUUGACAUUUCGAGCCUUUCAGAAGGAUCGACAAACAGCUCAGCUGUGGCCCGGGCUUCUGAGUCAGUUCACAGUUGGCGUCACGAUUCUCUAUUGCUUCUGGGCAACGCCGCCAGCAUAUCGUACACCCGCAUAUCGAGCCACAGAAGUUUCGGAAGCACUGCGGGCUUGUUCGACUGCGUUGGCCAUUCUUGCUGAGCGCUGGACGCAAGCCGAACCUCUGCGUGAUGUCUUUGAUAUUCUCGCAAAGGAAAUUCCAACGCAUGAAGGCCCUGAUAUGAGUCUUUCUUCGAAACACAUAACAUCGGAUUCGGUCGUGCUGAUUAAAUCGCACAUGCGUGCGAUACAAGAGAUCUCGAGGAAUCGAGUGGUACUUCGCAUGUUGCAAGAAAUUAUGGAAGAUGACUUUCCGUCCAGUCCACAAGACUAUCUGCAGCAAACAGACUCUCCAAGAGGGAACCAUCUGUGCUCUGAACAUUGCGCGAUGUUCCAUGGGACAGCAUUUUUUGACUCAAUGAUGAAUCUGAGCUCUGACACUCACAAUGUCACAGGCAGCGAAAUGAACGAGGCAUACACAACGUUUGACGAUACGAUUAUAUUUCCUGCGUUGUUUGGCUCAGCCGAGUUCUAA